AAUUUUUUCCACAAAUUUCGUUCUACUGGUCCAUUUUCUUCUCUUCUAGAUUCCUCUCAGUUCAAUCUUCGAAAAUCUCCAGUUUUCUUACAAUUAUCAACGAAUUACCCCCUCAAAAUCUCCAUUUCUACACAAUCUCCUGCUUUUUCUCUCUCGAUCGAUGUAAUUUUCACCCAAAAUUGUUAACAAUUCAAUCGCCCAAAAGUAUUUUUUCUUUUUAUCAGUUUUAGGGUUCAAAUCUUUAGCUUCAAUCAGUUUAGUUGAGUAGGAAUCUCGGAAAUGAAGAUCGUGUAUGGUUUUUGUACAGUUCAGUGUUAAUUGUAGACCCCCAAAUUUUCGUUUUGAUCAAUUUAGGGUUCAAUCUUUAGCUGCAAUCGGUUUGGUUGAUUGGGGUUUGUGGAAAUGAAGAUCGUGUAUGGUUUUUUUACAGUUCAAUGUUCAUUGUAGAACCCCCAAGUUUUCAUUUUGAUCAAUUUAGGGUUCAAUUCUUAGCUUUGAUAAGUUUAGUCUAACAUCAGUUCAGUAUUCAUUGUAUAGAACCCCCAAGUUCUCGUUUUGAUCAAUUUAGGAUUUUAAGUCUUUAGUUGUAAUCAGUUUGAUUGUUUAGGAUUUUGGAAAUGAGGAAUUUUCGUCUAGCAUGUAAUAGAUUUGUUUGAUUUAUGUAUAGUUCAGUAUUCGGUGUAGACGCCGUUGUUUUGAUCAAUUUAGGGUUCAAUUUUUAGCUUUGAUCAGUUAAGUGGAUUAGGAGGUAGUGGAAAUGAAGAUUGUGGAAUUGGAUGGCUCGUUAAUAGAAGGUGAUGGUAAGUGUGUGAACACUGAGAGACGGGUGAUUGUUGGUGUUGAUGCUAAGAGAGUGUUGGUUGGAGCCGGAGCUCGGAUCCUCUUCUAUCCGACACUUUUGUACAAUGUUUUUCGUAACAAAAUUCAGUCGGAGUUCAGAUGGUGGGAUCAAAUUGAUCAGUUUCUCCUUCUUGGAGCAGUUCCAUUUCCAUCGGAUGUCCCUCAGUUGAAGCAGCUUGGUGUUGGUGGUGUAAUAACGCUGAAUGAACCUUAUGAAACUUUGGUACCAUCAUCAUUGUACCAUGCCCAUGGAAUAGACCAUCUUGUUAUUCCAACCAGAGAUUAUCUUUUCGCACCCUCUUUCAUGGAUAUAAACCGAGCAGUAGAUUUUAUUCACAGGAAUGCAUCCUGUGGUCUGACUACUUAUGUGCAUUGCAAGGCCGGAAGAGGAAGGAGCACAACCGUUGUGCUUUGCUAUUUGGUCGAAUAUAAGCAUAUGACUCCUGCUGCAGCGCUGGAAUUUGUCCGUUCCAGAAGACCUAGAGUUUUAUUGGCUCCUUCUCAAUGGAAGGCUGUUCAAGGAUUCAAGCAGCAGCGAAUGGCAUCUUCUCCACUCUCUAGUGAUGCUGUGUUGAUCACUAAAGCAGAUCUUGAAGGGUAUCAUUCUUCUUCUGACGAUAGUCGUGGUAAGGAGCUAGCCCUUGUUCCCCGAAUUGCAAGAACACAACCAAUGAUAGCUCGAUUAUCCUGCCUCUUUGCGUCACUGAAAGUAUCCAGCAGCUAUGGACCCAUCACCAGGCAACUGACCGAAGCACGUGCCUGCUAACUGCUGCACACUCAUCAGCAGAGCUUCCUUGUACAGAAUAGGUCUCUGCUUAAAUAAGUUCCCAAGAGCUUUAUAUCUUUGAUUCUGUAAGAGUUUAACAUCAAGGGAUUCUGAAUACAGAAAAAAAAAACUGUUGAAUGGGUCUUUCAACAUUGUAUAAACAUGUGCAGAGUGUAUGACUUUUGGUUUCAUUUGUAAAUAUUUGGGUCAUUAUCACUCCCUCCAUUUCAAUUUAUGUUAACAUAGUUCGAAUUGA